AUGAGUGAGCCCGUAUACGAUGCUUCGAUGCCGGAAGGGGGUGAUCCGACAAAGGUGGACGUCAAUGCACAAUAUGUCGGGUUCGAAUACCAUUACAUCUACAUCAUGAUCUGUGCCUUCAUUGUCUGGCUUAUUCUUCCUGGCAUUGGCCUGCUCUACAGCGGUCUGGCGCGGAGGAAAUCCGCCUUGGCCCUGCUCUUCCAGGCUUGGAUGGUCCUAGCAGUAACUACGUUCCAAUGGAUGUUCUGGGGUUACUCCCUGACUUACUCCAGAGACGGUGGUCCAUUCAUCGGCACGUUGAAGAAUUUCGGCCUGAUGGGUGUUCUCGUGGCUCCCUCGCCUGGUUCCGCAGUGCUUCCUGAGAUUGUCUUUUGUUUGUACCAGCUGCUCUUCUGCGCUUGCACAGUCAUGAUCGUGGUUGGCGGUGCCUUUGAACGAGGAAAUAUCCUGCCGUCCAUGAUUUUCAGCUUCUUCUGGGCCACGAUCGUCUACUGCCCGCUAGCACGGUGGACAUGGAGCAGCCAUGGUUGGCUAUAUAACCUACCGGCCCUGGACUUCGCGGGUGGAGGGCCUGUUCAUAUCGCCUCCGGUUGCUCCGCGCUGGCUUAUGCGUUCGUUCUGGGAAAGCGAAAGGACCACGGCACGGUCUCGCUCUGCAAACCGCACAAUACCACUUUGGUCUUCACCGGGACCGUCCUAAUCUGCUGUGGGUGGCUUGGCUUCAAUGUACAGUUCAAGUUCAACCCAUCAACAAUGGUACCCAGGGAGGUCUUUGCUGAUUCAUCACAGGGUGGCUCGACUCUCAAUGCCAGCGUACGCUCGAUGGUGGUCAUCUUCAACACCAACACCGCGGCCAGUACAGGUAUUCUGGGAUGGGUGAUGGUCGAUUACAUCCGACACAAGCGGAAGUUCUCCGUGGUGGGAGCCUGCGAGGGAGCCAUUGCCGGUCUUGUCGGCAUCACCCCAGCCGCGGGAUAUGUGUCUCUUUGGCUAGCGGCAUGCAUUGGCUUUAUCACGGGCAUAGUGUGCUCCCUGCUUCAGAACAUUGACGAGUGGAUGGGCAUCGACGAGGGCAUGGAUGUUUUCAAGCUCCACGGCAUCGGUGGCAUGGUGGGGGCGUUUCUCACUGGACUCUUCGCGACUGAACAGAUCUCGUCGCUGGACGGAUUCACCUUCUCCGGUGGAGCGAUUGAUGGGAAUGGGAUUCAGGUUGGCUACCAGCUGGCGGAGAUCUGCGCCAUCUCCGCGUACUCGUUCGUGGUGUCCUGCAUCUUACUCUACAUGCUCAAAUACAUUCCGGGCUUGAAACUGCGGAUUGAUGAGGAAUGCGAGAUGAUCGGACUGGAUCAGGCGCAGUUCUUCGACGAGCAAAUCGGCGAUUGGAGCUUGAUGGAAACGUCUCUGAGCACCACCGCUCCAACGAUAGUCGGGGUUUCGGACGGAUCGUGGGUAUCGAAGGAUGAAACACGGACGGAGAAAUGA